UUGUAGUUUUUAAUUAAUUAUAAUGAAAUAUAUCAAUGUUUUUAUAUAUGUUCACGUGAUAACUACAUUAGAAUCUGAAGAAAUACAAUCUAUACACAGUAAGAAUCAUUUACCAUAUUUUAGAAGAAAGGUGGAAGAAGCACUUGAAGAUAAUAUUACGGAAAGAGCAUCUUCUGAUAACCCACAUUUAGUAUCAUUCUUGAUUAAAAAUGUUAAAGAAAUUUUUAAUGAGUUGUAUAAUACUGAUUCUACUAAAAUUACUACCAUUUCACAUAUGAAGAUUGCUAAAGAUAAUAUUUUUAAACAACUUCCUACUCGUAGCACAUUGUUAUUUAAUGUGAAUGUUACGUUAAGUACAUUUAGUUCCAACAAUGUUAGUGCACAUUUAUUAUUAAAUGAUGCAAUGGUUUAUAAUGAUAAUUUUUCUUCAACUAAUUUUUCUAAUGAAAGUUACACUUCGUCACAAUUACCGAAGGAUUUUUAUAAAUUAACUGAAAGACACGAGUUAAUGCGUCUAUCAAAAAAUUUAAUGUUUUUUGAAACAGAUCAAAAGGACUUUAGUAUACUUAAAAAAACAGACGCGUUUACAUUAAAUGCCUCUGAAUAUGAUAUCGCUUUUUCAAGAAGAUCAUGCAUAGCAUGCAAUAAUGUAAUAACCGAAGAUUGUAAUGAUCCUAAAAAUAAAUUAAUAUCAUCAGUUAUUUGCGCACGCGAUGAUGACCUUUGUUAUUCACUGCACACUCCAUUUGGUAUAAUCGAUCGUGGAUGUUUCAAUACGAAUCACAAUCUCACCACAUACGUAUGUUCGUGUAAUCUAUGCAACUAUAUAUCAAUUUCUGAAAUGCCGUACAUAUUUUCAAAGAAGCAAGAUUGGAUUGAUAACGUUGUUGAACUUUCACGUACCAGGCAUUUUCGAAAAACGGUUUUUAAGGACAUGUCGUGUUUGAAAUGUGAAGUGAAUAUGACUAUUAAAAAAGGAGAUAUGCUCGACAAAGCCAACUGCCUGGAAGGCAAUGUAGGUACAUUACCUUUACAAAAGUGCCAAAAAAAUGAAAUAUGUGCAGUUAAAGCAAUUAAAAAUGAUGGCUAUAUAUGGAGGGGAUGCAUCAAGAGCCCAUUAUACAACUAUUGGUGGACAUUUUGUGACAGCGAUCUCUGUAAUUAUGACGCUAUUGCCUCAUUAUAUGAUACUGAUUAA